UUCGCGCUCGAAACAGGUUAUGGGAUCACAAGACUGGAAAACCGACGACGCGCACUUUCUCCGUCUCCACUGAAACAGUUUUUAACUCGCUCAGGAAACACUGAACUGUCAAUGUCACAUUUGGUCAUCAAGAGCAAAAAAAUGAAGAAAACGGACAAAAAGAAGAAAAUGGACAAAACAGAGAUCAAUAGCAUUCGCAAAUUCUUAGUGAAAAUGUCGACUGACAACAGCAGUGAAGCCAGGAGGACUUCACAAUCCAGUGAAAAUGUUCAGGAAAAAGAAAAUGAUACAAGCAUGAAAGGAGAAAAGGGGCACCAAAAUAAAGACCGUAAUCCACUACAGGAGAGGACAAACGAUUUUUCUGAAGAAGGACAAUCAGACAGUAAUCUGCAGCAGAGUGAAGAAGGGCAAAGCCACGUUUUCAGUUUCCGCCACAGAUACAAGAAACAUGCAGUGUCAUGUGACACAUCCAAUACUGUAUUUGAUGCUCUUAAUUCGAACCCUAUUUUCAAAAACAUUAUGAUAAUAAACAAAGAUAGAGAAAUAGUUAUCCGGAGAUCAAAAGGAGACGUUCCUAGAGCUGCUGUGAAGAGAGAUUUCCCUUGCUGUCUUAUUGAAAAAGAUGAGCUGUUGGAUAUAAGCUUCAUCAAGAAUGGUGGAACCAAUCCUACAGAGAAGAAAACUGGAAGGCGUUCAUUCUCAAAGGAAACAGGAAACAUAGUAACCUUUAACAUCAAAACAACAGGAGGGAAAAAAGUGAAACUCUUAAUGGGAAACAGAGUGCUGAGGAGGAAAGUUGAAGAUGUUUGUGUGUAUGCAUUCAAAGAUGACAAGAUAACAAAUGCUCUUCAGCGCGAUGGGCGAUUCAUUAAUGAUAUUUUCAAAAAACGGUGCGGCCUUUUUGAGCGUAAGAGCGAGACAAUCUUUGGAAUGUCACAAAGUGUAGAGCAUCUUGACGGAAAGCAUUUUAAGAUCAUUGUUAUGAAGGAUAAGCAGCUAGAUAGUCAAAAUGAGUCCAAUACUGAUGUAAACAGUGACGUGAAUGCAGCGUCCUCUGCUGAUUUGAACAAAAGUGCUGAUUUUCAGCAUGACACCAUCAACACUGAACGAGAAGAAACUCAAAAGCAGAAAUCCACAACUAAAUUUGUUAAAAAAAUUCCAAACUCAGAAGAGACUCUGGAAUUUCUGCGUGCUCAGUUUAAAGAUUUACUGGAGACAUUAAAGCUACGAGAGAACCUGAAGAACAACUCUGAGGUCAAGAAGUUCUUCAGAGCAGAAUAUGAUAAAAGUGUUCAGAGUUUUUUGGAAGUUAAGAAGGUGAAGCAGCUCACGGGACUCUCUGGCUCUGUGUGUCAGAUUCGAGUGGAAGGAUCCGCCAAGGGAACUGGCUUUCUACUCUUUGACAGAUUCAUCCUCACUAAUGCUCAUGUUAUUGGCGAAUUUGACCCUUUCUCCAGGAAGCUUUCAAAGACCUUCACAGCAGUAUUUGGUUAUGAAGAUUUGGAAGCAAAAGAGAGCAAGAGUGUGUCCAUCAAGCAAGACGUUGCAGCGUACUAUCAUGGAAAGUUCAGCAUAGACAGGCAUCUUGACUUCGCUCUUCUCGAACUUGAUGACACUGAUGAAGUUGCUGACUGUCCUAGAUUGCUCGAUCGCUACAUUCAUGGCCCUCCUCCUAACCGUGGUGGGAUCUGCAUUGUGGGACAUCCAGAUGGAGGGGUCAAAAAAAUGGACCCCUGCUUCAUCAUUGAGAAAGAGAAUCUACAAGAGGCUGCAAAUGAACAUGUAUUGAACAACAAUGAGUUCAUUCAAGUGAUUACACAACAGUCUUUGGCAGAGAAAUGGGAAAUGCAUGACAACCAGAUCAUUUAUAACUCAUGUUUCUUUCACGGAUCUUCUGGCUCUCCAGUUUUUGAUGAGGACUGUUAUCUGAUUGGCAUGCACACUGGUGGCUAUGUGUACAAAGGAGAAAAUGGCAAAACCAGGAGCAUCUUGGAAUACUGCUAUUCCAUGCAGCCCAUCCUGGAAAGUAUCGGCACACAAGCCAAGAAAAAUGGGAGAUCUGACAUCUUGAAGUUACUCUCUGAAAAUGGAUCUUUAAAUCUCAACUUGGACGACAAUGAUGUGGAAAUGGAAGAUUUGCAAGAUAAGGGUGAACGUCUAUAAAGGGACAGUCACAUGUCGCAGUAGGCCCUGUCCACAUGAACAUGGGUAUUUUUUCAAAACACAACUUUUUCAUUGUAGUUUGGCUGUUCAUCUACAUGCAAGUGCAGUAACUGGUAAAACCGCCAUCACACUACACUACACUUUUCACAUAGACUUCCAUUCAUACGCAUGCAAAUAAGGUUGAGCAAAAAUGCAAGCUUGUUGCUGCGUUCUAAGGCCCAAUCCCAAUUCUACCCCUUAGCCCUUCCCCUUACCCUUACCCCUCGUUUUGCGCAUUCCUGUAAAAUGGUAGGGGUGCCCCAAUUCUCUUUAGCUUGAAGGCGUAAGGCUAAGGGGAAGGGGUAGAUACCCCUUCGAACGAAGAUUUUUCAGGACCACACUCAAAACCAAGGGGUAAGAAAAUUUUUUGGUCAUUAUUACAAAUUUUAACAACAAACAAGCACAUUUUUUUAUAUAUGUUCAUAAUCGCGUUUGUGUUUUAUCGUCAUGCUUUUUACAAAAAAAUGCUAAAGUCUAUAAGUGCUAAGAUCUAUAAUCCCUAAUCAUAACUCCUGUACAGCAGUCCCACAACAUUCUGUCAGUCGAUGACACUUGAAUACCCUGUCAGUAAUGUCUAGUGGUUGGGAAUGAGCUGUUUACAGUGUCUGCUAUAAUGUUAAUGUUGUUUUCUUGUGUUUACAUUGAUGAAUAUGGCCACUGUGUAAAUGCACAGUAUAGUUGUGAUCUUAUUGCCACAUUAGAUUGUUAUGAUAACAUGAUAUAUGGCUUCAGGGAUUUCCUGAAGAUAAAUACCAAACAAUAAAGCAACUGGAAUAACUACAGCAGUCGCGAUUAUCUGAUCUCAUAUGAAGUAGGAGAUUGCGAUGACAUAUGAUGAUGUAUGCAGGUGCUGUGUGCUGUCCCAAUUCUUAGGAGUAAAUUUUGAAGCCCUUACCUUUUUCCCACUCCGUUUUAAGGGCCAAGGGGAAAGGGACGUGUUAGGGGUACAAAAAUAAAAUUUGGAUUGGGCCUAAAGUUCAAGCUUGGUGAACUCUGACCUGCGAAAUUGCAUCACGUGACUGCGUGAGAACAGUAGAAGAUCAAAACAUGACCUGUCUGUAUCGAAAUUUUAAACAUAGAGAAAUCUUUUUUUUUUUUUAAAUGUCUUAUCAUCUUGUUUAAUCCUGUACCUUUUCACAGCGCCGUACCACAGAAUUUCGCAUGCUCAAAGUCUAGUGACACCGCAGCUUAAAUGAAACCAAACUUAUUUUAAACAUUA